AUGGCGCCAGACACAACAUCGAUCCCCGGUUACACGAUCUUUCGUAAGGAAGACUACGACAGUGCCGCAGCUGCCGCGGUGACACCACAAGGAAUUCCUCAUCCACUUGAUCAGCUAUCGAUUGCAGAGAUCCCAGUGGCGGCAGCAUUGUUCCGCGAAUACGCCAGUCCGAAGCAACUCAAAUUUAACUGCAUCACUCUCCGUGAGCCUAAGAAGCAAGAGUAUGCCGCUUUCAAACAAGGGAAUGGGCCACGUCCCGACCGUCGCGCGUUCGCCAUUGUCAUCGACCGGCAGUCCGGGAGAAUCGCUGAGGCCGUUGCCAAUCUGACCAAGUCCAAGGUAGAAGAGUGGAAGGACGUCAAUGACGCCAUGCCAACUCUCACCCUCGAAGAUCUGGAUAUCUUGGAGGGCCUUGCGCGCAAGGAUCCUCGCGUUAUCCAAGCAUGCAAGGAGAUCGGAAUCACCGACAUGUCAAAGGUGUACAUUGAUGCCUGGGCGAUCGGCAUUGACGAGCGUUGGGGCUUUGAGCGUCGUCUCCAGCAGGGUCUGGCAUACUACCGUCACUCUGAGUUCGAUAAUCAGUACGCCCAUCCUUUGGACUUCUCGAUCGUUGCCGAUACCGAGCGAGAGGAGAUCCUCAGUGUGGAUGUCCGCUAUGUGAAUGGAGAACGCACAGCCAUGCCGCUUACCGAGCACAACUACCUGCCCCAGUUUAUUGGAGACAAGUACAACCAUGACCGACUAAAACCUAUCGAUAUCACCCAACCUCAAGGUGUCUCGUUCCAGAUGAAGGGUAAUGAGCUUUCCUGGGCCGGCUACAAGAUGCACAUCGGGUUCAACUACCGAGAGGGUAUCGUCAUCUCAGACGUCCGCGCGCAUGAUCCUUACCAAGACCGCGAGCGUACUUUGUUUAACCGAAUCAGUGUGGUCGAGAUGGUGGUGCCUUAUGGUUGCCCCGAAAAGCCUCACCACAAGAAGCAUGCAUUUGAUGUGGGUGAGUAUGGAAGUGGCUUCAUGAGCAACUCAUUGAAGCUUGGUUGUGAUUGCAAGGGCGCGAUUCAUUACCUGGAUGGAGUGAUGGCCCUUGCAAGUGGUGAGGCCGCAGUUGUCAAGAACGCCAUCUGCAUUCAUGAAGAGGAUAAUGGCCUUCUGUAUAAACACACAGACUUCCGAGACGGCACAGUGAUCUCCGCCCGCGAUCGGAAACUCAUCAUCUCGCAAAUCAUCACCGCGGCCAACUAUGACUAUGGCUUCUAUCAUAUCUUCUCUCUUGACGGAACCUACAAGCUCGAAGUUAAGCUCACCGGCAUGUUAAACACAUACCCGUUGCAUUCCACCGAACAGGCUGCACCAUACGGAACCGAAGUAGCUCCUCAAAUCACUGCCCAUAACCAUCAACACAUCUUCUCACUGCGUAUUGAUCCCGAGGUGGAUGGCCAAAACAACUCCGUUGUCCAAAACGACGCUGUUGCAUCAGACUAUCCAGUGGGAUCUCCGCAGAACUUCUACGGCAAUGCCUUCUACAGCAAGAAGACACCACUUCGCACAUCCCUGGAAGGUGCCGCUGAUUACUGCUAUGAAACCAAUCGGACAUGGGAUAUCAUCAACCCGAACUCCAUUAACCCAUCUGCUAAGAAGCCCGUUGGGUUCAAGAUCAUCAACACAUCCUGCCCUCCCUUGUUAGCGAAACCGGGUGGUGUCGUCCACACGCGCGCUGCAUUCGCACGCAAGCCUCUAUGGGUGCUUCCCUACAAGGAUUAUGAAUUGUUUCCUGCCGGGAACUACGUCUGCCAGUCGACUGGUCAGGAGAAUCACCCUCACAAUGAGACCAUUCUUGACUGGGCAAAGAGGAAUGAGUCUAUCGAGAACACAGAUAUCGUCUGUUACCUCCAGUUUGGCCUGACCCAUUUCCCACGCACUGAGGAUUUCCCCAUCAUGCCAGCUGAGCCUGUCAGCAUCAUGCUACGCGCUUCGAACUUCUUUAUCAAGAAUCCUGGUCUUUGGGUUCCUCCUUCGUCAGUGUGUGUUGAUACUAUGUCGCGCAACGCUUUCUCUACUUCAUGCUGUGCGGGCAGUAAGCCAGGGGAUAGCUCCAGGUUGUAG